AUGCAUGACAAGAUGGUCUCCAAGCUGAAGAUCAUCCCAGGGAGUGGGCUUGAUCCCGCUGCCGGAAAAACCAGGCCCAGCAAUCUGAUAUUACCUUAUGACCCGUCCUUCUUCCCCGAGACAGCCCUCCCGGGACUUGAUAUUGACUUGUCAUACUUCACUGCCACAACGGACGAUAGCUCGAGCCAACUCAGUGGUCUCUGGACCAAGUCACCCAACAGUGGCUUGUCUGGCACUUCGCGACAUUCAAGCCUGCACCUUGAGCUCCCGUCGGAUGAUGUCCUGGGAGAGGGUACUAUCCUAGGGAUCGAUGAGAUCAAUAGGCCUGCGCAGAAGACAGAUGCUUUCCACAACAUGACGGGGCUAGAACCAGCCAAUGAAGAAGGUGUACUCCUUCAGCCUGACUUUGAAUUUGACGAGGAUGGCAAUAUCAUUGAGCUUGGUGACAGAGGGAAGAUCCCUCCCGUAAGGAAGUCCACUGUUGGUCUGAGGGAAAGCGAAGGACUGAAAGACAACCAACAACGCCAGCUUUAUGAAGACUCGAUGCAGAAUGAUAACGAAGAAGUUAGAUUGACCGAGACUAACGACAUGAUGGAGCUUGACACCCAGACCGCAGGUCUGACAAUUCCUCAGACAAAUGAAGGCCUGGAUGGGUUUGAAGAAACAAUUGAAAUUGAAGUUACGAAGAAGCGCCGGGUAAGACGCCCAAAGGAAAUCAUCUCCGACGAUACCACGGCGCUUCGAAAUAUGACGAUGGCCCAAUGGCCCAAUGGGUACGUUGCGAACAUGACGUACGCAAUGAAGCAAAAGCAGCAAAAUAAGAUUCCAGCCAUUUCGAAGAAGAACGCUGCUUUCUGGGUUUUCGGUCAGGGAAUCGGCUCGGUCGGAGUGGGAUUGGGAAUGGACCAUGAAGCGCAUCCACUUCGCCUCUUCUCGGGCGAGAGUCUGUUUGAAGCUGUUGGUGGAUACCCUCGGCGAGAAGGGCGGAAGCGCAGCGCAGAUGACAGUGAAAUAUCAGAGAGACGUCGAGUACGCGCAAGAGAAGAACAAACAGAGUACCUCAGCCGUGAGAACAUCGACCGCCUCAAUAUGGAAGUUGAAGUCGGCCGUGAUGCCCCUUCCAGUCUCUUUGACGACCACUCGUCCCAGAUGCCAUGGAACGCCACCGCUUCUAUUCAAAGCUCUCGGCAAAGACAUCGAUUCGGCAGUCUGAGUGAACUGUCUUCUCAAGGACGCAAGGCCCGAAGCCGUCUCACCAGCGCCAGUCCGCUUGCCGGGCGCAGCUAUCUAGGGGGACAGGACCGACUUAGUCUCGAGCUACUAGGUGAUUUCGAAGACGAUCUAAAUCUUACCCAGUAUCUUGAAGGCGAGCUUGCAACAGACCGCGAGAAAAUCAGCUCACUAUCGCCAAGCAAGCGCUCUGCUCUCGAACGUGCCAAGUCAACCCUUGAUCGGGAAAGCUUGAAUUUCAUAGAUUUCAUGAAGACCAAGAUGGGUGCUACUGAAAAGAGCAACGCAGGAAACAGAGUAAGUCCGAACAGCAACGAGUCCAGCUCGGUCGCGGCCAGACUUGAGACCACAUUCGCAAAUCUUCUUCCCCCUGGGAGUACUACGCGAGCUGUCGCAACCCAGGCUUUGAUGAACAUUCUCACGCUCGCUACAAAGGGUGUACUGCAUGUUCACCAAGACGGGUACAUCGACGAAAGCACGGAGUGGGCAGUCUGCUAUCGCUAUGGUGAGAUUUUCCUGCGACUGUCUGGAACCCAAGUGUGA